GACCCGAGCAGUAGACAGUCGUGAGCAGUGAGCAUUGAGUACUCGACAUUCGAUAGUCGACACGGGCAGCCGCAGCGCUCCAUUUCACCUCUCUGGCACAGCGUUCGUCUGUCGUCAGCUUCGGUACACUUCGUGCACCGCCGUCGUCUCACAGCUCGCUCCGCAUUCCGUGAUUCCGUCCGGCCGCCGCCGUCGUUCUUCUUCGUCCGUCCACUCGCUCGCGUCGUCCUGUGUUCUUCGCUCGUGCGUUUGAUCCUUUUCCGUUUGCGUUUUUAUCGCGUACGGUUUCGCGCCUGCGCGCCGGUCCGCGUGUAUCGAUUGUCAUUUGUAUUUAGUGGGCAGAUAUCGUUAACCGUAUCACACGCUCGCCGUCUAAUAAUUUAUUAUUAUUUUCAUAAACUCGGUUGGAUUGUUAUUAUUGUUAUUAUUGUUAUUAUUGUCAUCGUUGAUAAUAAAAUAUUAUUAAUACAACGGAUAACAUUAAUAUUUUAUAAUAUUUUAUAUUAUAGUUCUAUUGUAUUAAUUUGUGUUGUGAGCUUUGUACUUUCUGAUCGAUACUUAAAACAAUUGGUAGCAUUAUCGUCAUGUCUUUCGAGGGUCCGUGAACAGCAGUUGCAGCAUCACACGGAAUCUAACUCUGAAUACCUAUUCAAAACUAAAACGUAAAUGGUCAAUACAAGAGCGUGUACAAUGAACUCAGAAAAAGGGAAGAGAAAUCAGAAUAAAAAUUCAAAUAGAAGUAGAGCAAACAACUCAGACUCUGGAAACGAAAAAUCAAAAAUGAAAUCCAACAGUAAAUCGCCGCCCUCUAUUUGUUCAAAUCCGGAGAGUGAAGAAGAUGAUCAAAAUGUACCUACAGCAGUAACAAAUCCACCAGUCAAAGUGACCUUAAAAAAGACAAGGUCAAGUAGCAGUAGUUCUUCUAGGGAAUCCACCCAAUCAUUUGAAGUUGUAAGAAGUCUUACAAAUACAACUGAAAGUGUUUCUGGCGAAGAAGAUUGUGAAAAUCCAAAAGCCUCCGGACAGGAAAAACCUUCUGAUAAACCCCCCUCAGUUGAUGCAGGUGAAAAUGAAAAGGAAUCUGAUGGAGAGUCUCAAAAUGCUAAUAGUUCUGAUGAUAGUGAUAUAGAAAUAUUGUCAGAUGAUUCCGAUGAGUCAUUUACUGAAAGACCUAGUCCAGCUGUAUCAGUUAAAGCUGAGGAGAAGAAUGUGUGUAUUAAUACAGUAGUAGAUUUAAAAACUGAAGAACUUCCUCAGAAUUCUACAGCGGUUACGAAAGAAGAAUGUAGGAUACGAAUUAAACCAUUAAAAGAAGAACUGUUAAAAGAACCAGACUUAGAAGUUGAUGUAAGUGUCCUAAAAAAUGAUAAUGAAAUAAAAAAUAUUCAAGUUCCUCAACCACAAAACGGCAUUCAAAAAAAUGAGAUAAAAGAGCAAGUUAAAGAACAAAAGUUUACACUUAAUGUCCGCUCUUUUGAUGAUUUAGUAGAUCCUCGUACUGCGAUUCUAAUUAAUAUGCCACCACCUGCACAAAUAGACAGGGCACCAAAUUUUUUAACUCAAAAUGGUAGUGGGCCUUUUCCGCCACCGUAUUUGUCAUGUGAUAUCUGUGGAAUACAGUAUGAUUCUCCAGAAUUAUUAAAUGAUCAUAAAAUAACCAUGAAACAUUUCAAAUGUUCUUUCAAGGAAUGUGGACAUUUACUAGAAUUAAGUCAACAAGAAUUUCUAGAACACCAACGUAUGGUUCACAAUACUGUGCCAUCACCAGUACAACAAUUAGCACACCAAGUACAACGUUUACCAGCAAUGGGUUUUGAUCAAUUACAGUCUGGUGUUCCACCAUUACCUGAGAACCUAUCUCCUAGUAUGUAUACACAAUCAUUACGGAUGCCGAAUCAACCAGUUCCUAUGCAACGUGCCAUGCGUCCAAUGAUGAGGGCUAUGCCACAUAGUAUAAUUUCUCCAAGAGGGCGUAGUGUACAAAGAGGAUCAACUAUGAGAGGAAGACCAGCAUCUCUAAAUUCAUCUCCAAGAGGCAGUUCUUUAAAAAGACCAUUAACAGCGCCUAGGAGGGGAACUCCGCCUAUGAAACGUACAAAUGUAGAUAGAAAUUCCUAUACAAAUACCUUGAACAAGACUCCUCAAAUUGCAAAAUCCAUAGCAGAAUCUCUAACCAAAUCUGCAACCAAAAAUUCAGCUUCUCCGGCUUCACAGCAAGAUGUUGUUAAUUUAUUUUCCAAACGAGGGCUCACUAUUAGCACGGUGGAUAAUGGAAACAACUCAAUUCUUCCCGCUGGACUUAGCUUGAACUCAGCCGUUUCUAUUAUACCUACAUCACCUCAUAAGGUACCUAGUAAUGUACCUAAAAAGGUAUCUAAUAGUGUAUCUAAUAUGGCAUCUAAACAUGUACCACCUAAGGUACCAACUCAGAGUAUGGACUGUGUUGAUUUAACUGGUCCUGAUAAGCCAAAGAAGUAUUAUCCUUGUGAAAUAUGUUGCAAAACAUAUACGAGUUCUGAAAAACUGUAUGAACACACAUCUAUUGCACAUAAAUCAACUUCAAUUCCGUAUAGGUGUAACUUGUGUACAUUUGUUGGUCAAAAUCCUGAGGUGUUGAAUCGCCAUAAAUUAACAGUUCACAAAUCAGAAAUGAAUAACACAUCGUUUGUGAUCCCUGUUGUAGACUUGAGUAAACUCUCUACUGUAAAUAAGUUGAGGAAUUUAGGUGUCACCAGUUACAUACCAGUUUCCCAACUGGAAAAUCAAAGUGGCCAGUUUGGUGUGCCUAUCAUGAGUUUUGGAAAGAAGAGCAACUUACUAGAUGGAAUGAAUGCUACCAACUUUUUCAAUUUGGGGACAAUACGGCACAUGCAAUGAAUAUCAGGAAGACUGUUUUGAAAUAGCAUCUAUUUUGGUUGUAACUUUUGCAUUUUACUCAAUAAUCGCAGUUUUAUGCAUUUUAUUACAAAUUUAUUAUGUAUCAACAGAUUCUACUUUAAUUUGGUACAGUUAAAACAUUAAUUUUGAUUAAGUUUCUUUUUUUUAGAUAAAAUAGUUUCUCAGUUUACAAGUAGUGGUUUUUUUUUUAUAAUUAAAUUUGUUACUGAUUUUAAUAUGUUCUUGUUUAUUAUUUUUUUUUAUGUUUCAAUAAACUAAGCCAAAUUACAAAUUUUAAUCUUGGCAAACUAUAUUGUAUUGUAUAGAUUAAGUAACUACUUCUAUACAACUAUAAACAAUAUUUGUACAUCUUUAUUAUUUGAGUGAGAAAUUGAUUUUUAAAGGUCAAAAAUCCAAUGUUUAUUUUUUAUUAUAACUAUUUUUAAUAAAAUGUUAACUAUUGACAUUUUUUAUUCCCUGUAAAAAAAAAUUAUAAUUUUUAAUUAAUAUAUUAUAUUAUAUGACAUUUUCUUAUUUUAUGUUCCAGUGUCACAUUUUUGUUAUUUUAUUUUUAUUACAUGUAGUCAUGUAGGUAAAAGGGUGCAGAUAAUAUGUCAUUAAGGAUGGUCUAAUAAACAUUUGACCUAUA